CGGCAGCGUUGCUCGCGGACGGGACCGCGCCGGCCGCGAACAACUUCGACUCGCGGGAAGUGAUCACCGUCAACGACUCCGACGAGGAUGUCGCGUCGAACGAGGCGAUCACCGACGAGCUCGUCGACAAGUACGACCAAGAGGUCGCCGAGUUGGUAAAAUUCAAAAAGGAGCGGAAGCACGCACCGGAGAGCAGAACGAAGACGAAACGCGUGCCCACCGUGAAAAAGGAGCUGAGCACGCAGAGGGAGAUCCUCUGCGGGCCUUUCCCGCACGAUAGCAACGAGACGCAGGUGUCGGAGGGUCUGAUCCCUCUGGAGGACGCGUUCAAUCGAGCGGACGAAGACGCGAAGACGGUUCAGAGGCGAAACACCGUUCGGAACGGGUCGACGAAAUUAGAGAAGCCGGGGUUCCCCGAGGAAUCGCCGGGCAGAGGCGAGAUCUCCGCGGACAAUCGUGACUCGGAAUUGGAAGCGGAGAGCCCCAAGAAGCUGGACAAGAGGCAGGAUCUGAAAUCCUCCAAUCUGUCUAAGGACGACGUGGAUGAUCUGCUCUCGGUGGUCCUGAACAGAACCUUCAAGAAACUGAUCGAAGACCUGUGCACACUGCGGAAAGUUCUCCUGGACCAAGAGCCGCAGAAGGUGAAGGCCAUAAAGCAACAGUACGGCAUUGGGACGACUGCGUUCCCCUCGGUGGCCGAGUCCUCGUCGCCGGACCCGAGGAACCUGCGAAAGCGCUCGAAGAAGAAGAAAAAGAAGCCCAGGCAUCGCGCUUCGACGACCACUUUGACGCCGGUCCCAGCGACGCCCGCUUUGUCGACCACCACAGAGACACCCUGGCAAACGACGCCCGUUCAAUGGCGCCUCGUCGCGGAGAGACUCUUCAGUCCGCCGUGGCAGCAGGACCUGCAGCCGGACCCUGAGAAAACGAACGCUGGGCUCGCCGCCGGCCAGGGUCCCAGAAUCCCGACUAGCUUUCGGGAUUUGAUCGAACGGAACAAGUCGAAGAACAACGGGAAGACGUACCCGUUGGACAGGAAGCCGGUGUUCGGGAAGAUCGAUGGUCUAGAAGCCGGUCGGGCGGUCGAGAGGGCCAGGGACUUUGGGAACGUCUACAGCAGACCAGAGACUGGCCUACCAGAUUACGAGACGGUCGAUUCGUACCCUCGGCUGCGGUACAGUCAGCUGUCCCCGGUGUCCAGGAACUUCCUGCGUAGACAGGAAGAGGAUUAUCCUUCGGACUUCGGCGUGCAAGCCGACGGCUACGCGAAGGGCCAGGAGUACGGGCCGCCGGUUCGAGAUUUCCCUCCCAGCAGAAGCUGGCCGGACGUCUCCUACAAGUAUAGUCCGCCUUGGAACAUGGAGGAGCGGCCGUUGCUGCCGCUAGCCUCUGAAAAAUGGCCCUGGAGGCAAUCGCAGCCCGAGCCGAAGCACUGGGCUCAGAGGAACAAGUUCCUGCCGCUCGAGAAAAGCUACUGGUCGCCGUUGAUCAACGAGGAAGAUGGAGAGGACGUCCCGGUGCCUGACAAGACCUCCCAGCAGGCCAGGGUGAAUCACGCUUGGGACAGACACAGAUCUGCCUGGCCAGUGGAGAAUCCUUUGAAAGUACCCAGCUCGUGGCAUCAGGACGAUAGAUCGAUGAAACUGUACGACCGUGAUCAAUCGAACCUCGCCUGGGAGAAGAACGACAAUCGAUCCGACCCGAGCCGGUUGCCUACGAAGCACGAGUCCAAAGAGAAGGUCGUGCUUCCUCAAAUAACGAUGAAGACCUGGAAUAGUCUGACCUCCGACCCGGCCACGUGGCCGCACAAGUUACCAGGCGCUAAACCGUGGCCGAAGGAUGAGAACGGGAAAUCGUACAACCCUAACGCGGACCUAGUGAAGAAGCUGGGCCUGGACAAGCAGGAGGGCAACGGUUGGUCCAAGGAGGAAGCCGAGAAGUCGAACGCCGAGAAGAAAUCGAAAGACGACAAACGGAAGGAAGAGGAAUUCCCGCAUCCCAACGGCGACAGGAGCAAUUUCAGCGAUUACAGGGCCAAGCCCGACGACCCGUCGAAAUCGUGGACAAUUUUGGUAGAGUCGAAACCUCUGAAAGAAUGGGUCAAGCCCGAGAACAUGCAGAACGACGAAGCGUGGAGGAGGAAACACGAAGAGAAACCGACAUGGACGAACGACGAGCCGGCGUCCCUGCCCAAGAUCCAAUCCAUGGGGGCUUGGGUGAUGUCCGGCGACCAAUCCACGUGGAAACCGUAUCAGAUGAAGCCCCUGCAAUCACCGGAAGAGAACUCUUCUCGGAGAUGGUCGAAAACCAUCAGCAGAUCGUCUAGCAACGAGGGCAAGUGGCCCGGCAAAGGAUCCUGGUCGGAGAAGAUGAACGACUCUUGGAUGGACCGCAACGAGCAGCCUUUGUGGUCCGAGGAGAAGCAAGUAGCCGACCUCUGGAAGCCUAGCAAGCCUGGCUCCUGGUUCUCGAAGACAUCAAAGACGAAGGACGGGGAAUGGUUGAAGCCGGAGUCAGCCUGGACGAAGAUCAACGAGAAUGAUUCCUGGACUGCGAAAGGGAACGGCGCCCCAUGGUCUAUGAGGCCUAACAAACCCUGGUCGUCCAAGACAUCGAACGACGACGUCUCCAAGUUCAACGAGGAGUCUUGGCCGGUGAAAGUGAAGGAAGAGGAGGAGUCCUGGAAAAAUGGAGACACCUGGCCGAGGAAGUCCAGCGAGAGGAACGGCUGGGGGUCGAAGGGCAACGAGCUGUCCCCGUGGCAGCAGAAGAUGAACGAGGACUGGAGCUACGGGAAGAGCAGCACCGGCACGUGGCCCUCCAAGUGGAAGCAGUUCGCUUACCACAGGGUAACGGCCAUGCCGAUCUCGAAACCCGGCACCACGGCCGACGCCAGUUCCGCGAAGUCGAAGAACGCUUUUGUCGCGGUGUCCGCGGUGUCCUCGCAGAAGAACGCCGGCAACGAGUGGAGGAAGAUCGAGGACGAAGGCGGCAGGAACGAGAACGGCAGAGCAGAGGAGCAGGAACGGUCUGGCAAUCAGGUCCAGGUGGGUCUGGAACGACCCAUCUACGCGUGGAAGAAGGACCCAGGGUCUAGGACAGGUCCGGCGAAAGGCAAUAGCACCGACCCGCUGGAGAACGAGCUCGAGGCACUCAGGCAAAUUGACUUCUGGUCCUCUUACAAAGAGAACGAGGCUGAGAAGAGGUCGACGUCGACGGUCGCCAGCGCGGAGAAAAUUCCGUCAACGGUGCCGACGAACUCCACGUCGACGACGGGGCAACGGCGAGCGACGGGCAGCAACAACCUCCCGGAGACGAGUCGCCGAACGAUCUCUAUGAAGUAGGAUCGAGAGCCCGCAGUAGAUCCUCGAUCUAGCCCAACGUGGUACCGAUCCGUUCCCCGUCUCCGACGACAAUAGGCUGCGCGAUGUCUCCGAGCAAUUUCCAAUGACCCUCUGGCCACGCGCCAGCCUGCGCCGAUUCCUGCACGGCCCGUUCACGGAUCUUCUACCGGUUUUGCGAUUCGAUCGGCGCACAGUGCGGCGAAACGCCCGUUCCCUGGACAAAACUCGAUAACUUGAAAAGUACGAGUGAUACGAGCAAAUGCUUCGGACAAAAGUUGUAAGGUAUAGAGAUAAACAUACGGUGAUUAUACUUCGUUUACGUUAUAGGGAGAUUAUGAAGUUUUUCAAUGGAAAUGGAUAUUUUGCGUUUCGAUUCCAACGUCCGAAAUAGAGAAACGGAAUUGAUUUGCACAAAAUUGUUACUCUUGGAAUGAAGGUUAUUUUGUAACCAUUAACCAAGGACUGGUUAGUAACAUGGUUAAUCUUCGAUUUUCGUUACGCGAAUAGUCGAAUUUUGAGGUUUUGUCCACAGACCGCACUGUGCGGCUUCGAGGCACCGUCGCGAUGCCUCUCGCGGAACAUGGCGAUUUUUUGGUUAGCUCCGCUCUUCUUUUGCUCUGCCGCGAUGCUUCCUUCGUCGAUCGAGUUGCUCCGAAUGACUCGAGAAAGGGACAUUAGGCGAUUUUUUAUUUAGCCGCGCUCAAUUUCGACUCCUUCCUUCUCUUUGUUGCAGCUGUUCGAAAUGGCUUGAACGGCCAUCAUAAUUUUUCACUUAGCUUCGCUGAAUCUCGCCCCCUUGCUCCAUCUUAUCCUUUUCCCUUCUCGUAUACCGCUCCACGCGGCGAUAGAGCUACUCGAAAUCACUCUCCUUUCAUUUUUUCCUCUUCCCGUCCCUCUUUGCGUAUCAGCGAAGCUACCCGAAAUUGCUCGGGAAUAGAUGAAUAGUCAAGGAAGCGGAGUUUCGCGGAUCGAAGGGACGAGCGAGGAUAUUUUACCAUUCAUCUUUGAUUGCAACGCAGGUGGGCCGAUCGCUGAGGAACCAGGGAGUGUAUAAUUGAACGAGUCUCUCGAAUCGGUUCUCGAUACCGACCGAACCACUGUAGACCUAUUCUCCUCGGAGAAUUAAUCGAGGAGUCCUUCAUCGGCAAAAGUACGAUGUCGAAUGCACACGGAGCGUCCCAGCGAGUUCGAAACGCGGAAACUUUCCAGAGAUUCCGUUUAAUAAUCCAGUACUACCGAGCGGCGAUUAAUUUCUUAUAAAUGAAUAUUGAAUUAGUUCGAAAUUGUACCGCGUCGGCGAACGCUAGGAAAAUUAAUUUAACGCGCCCUUCGGCGUUCCGAGUUUGAAAAAUCCGGCGAGUUCUCGCGGAAAGUCGAGGAGUAACGAAAAUGGAUGCGAGAGAAGAGGACGCGGGGCAGGGAGGAAUACACGUUGGCCGAGAAGAAACCGCCGGGAAGAAAUUGCGGUCGGUGCCUGUCCCGUUACCGCGGCGCGUUACGUUUAUCUGUUCGGUUUACGUAACCCGUUCGUUAAACUUCUUCCCCCCAGGAACGGGGAGACGACGGUAGCGAGGGGAGGAUAAUACGGGGUUGUCGGCCAGCACCUGUGCCAGCGUCGAUUACGCACGCCAACCCUCUCUCGCGCAUAUUAUCCAGCGUCAGACUUUAUGACUCGCAGAGGAAAGUCGUGUCCUUUAUUUAGCCUCAUCCCGAUCGCUCGUUCCAUAUUCGAACAGCUGAGCUUCUCCCGCAGUUCCUCGUGAACCUUCAUCUUCCUCUCCCUCCCAUUCAAUUUAAAUGUUGCCUCGACGCAAAGGUUCGUGCCGUUGAUUUCGGUGCUCGAUCAAUUGUACAUUCCUUCGACGUUCCUGCCGGUGAUCGAGUAUCCUCGCGAGGAAUGGUAAGUUGCGAAAUUGUUCGCCUUUUCUUUAAACAGUUUCCUUUAAAGAGUGAAUCGGUAAGUUGGAGAGUCAAGGUAUCAAAGAUUUCGAGAGAAGGGAAACCAACGCGGACGAAUUACUGCGCGAGCCCUGCGUUAAUAUAAAUAUCGUCAGAAUGAAAGCAAAAAAGCUUCUUACCGAUUCGAGACUCGACGGCCCCGCCACCCUCUCACUCACCCGCCCCUAUUUUCCUCGUAAAGGAUCGAACUUAACGGCCCUUCGUUCCGGUUUACUCGAGAUUCGGCUGCCAACGUUCCACUGGAGAGCCCUGCCGCUUAAGAAACGCAAAAUCGAUUUUCAGAAGUAGCGAGCGACUCGACGCGGUCCUGCACGCUUCAAAUUUUCCCUUCGAUCCGCUGGAAAUUCCGCGAUCGACGAAGGAAACGGUUGAUUCGAAGCGGAUUUUCGAAAACGGUCCACCCUCCGCGAGGAAAGGGGAUUUCUGUUCUUUCGCGAGCGCCGCGAGUGGUUGCCGAUGUAUUGCCAACGAUAAAAUGCACACGAGUCACAUCCGUGUGUUAACCGCGUAGAGAACGCUACUUCAUGCAGCCGCGUUUAAGUCGAACAAGGCAGCGUUGCGAGCUGAGCUAACGCGAACGAGGUAACGUAAGAGCUCGAACGUUUCCGUGAACGGGAACUGCAGCCGCGCGGAAAGUUCGUUAGAAAUGUAGGAAUAUUUUUUCUACGGGAUCGAACGCGGCCAGAGCCCAAGUCGAGGUCCGGGAAACAUUUAACCGGUUAACUGUGGAAGUCCGUUGCAGUUCUAACACAGAACAGAUCCACCUGAUACAUGUUAGAAUGGGAAACUAAGCGAAAAGGAAUCACGCGUUUAUUUGAGGAACUGGGUUAUUAAACGUUGAGGGAAUUGGUAUUAUUUUUAACAGUGGAACUACUGAACGAGUCAAAGCGAUCUAUCUCGGAGUUUUCGUUUUACAAUGAUCGAAGUAAUAUAGAUGUUUCGCGAGAGGCGAUCGAACAAACUCGUGUAUUUCUACGAGAAAUUAUAGAGAAAUCAAUCUAAUUGCUCGGUGGUUCUGGUGUCGAGAUGACAAGUGUACUCGUCGGACACAGUUAACUGGUGAAUGUCCGAGUCCCUUCGAGCGGACCCCACGAAUCGUCUAUUCCCUUUGCAUUUACCGUGAAGGCAAGGAUAAUCAGCCGCAUCCUCGCUCACCGUCAAGCGUGAGGCAAACAGCGAGCCAUGGCAAUACUCGACAAGUGGCGCUGAAGCACGGGAACGGGAAGAACGAGGGAGAAUCGGGACGGAUCAUCCUCCUCCUUGGCGAGGACACUCGAAAAUGGUCGCGUGUCGAGUGAUUAUCACGGAUCCAGCGAGUCCGCUGUAAGAUAAGAGAGAUAUUCGAAGGAGGCGCUCGCGAAUUCGUCGUUGGAUUUCGCUCUAAGAAUCGUUCAGUCGGAGUCUGUCGUUUCGUGGCACCCUUCAACCCUCUUAUCGUCUUUCGAGCCGCGUCUCCGACGUCGAGAAAUUUAUUCCGUUCGGAGCGCGAUAAAGGAUCUCCGUUGGAAUUUGAUCCGUUAAAAUCGUGGCGAUAGGCUAUUCAAUGCCCGCGUCAUGUAGAAAAUAGUUAAUAACGCUCCUUUAACGCUAGAACUACCGAGUAUCUAAUAUGAAUUAAUAUAUAACUCGUAUAAAAAUGAAAAUAUUACACGUUUCAAAGUUUCUACCGAUAGUACACUACGAAACUAAUUCCGAAAUAAUUUGGAAUAUUCGACUCUUCUCGGACGACUAUUUUCCAAAGUGUUCAAGACUCUCAGCAUAGACAGCCGAAUAAUAGAUCGAACUCUCGAACGCUAGGAGAAUUACGUAUUAAGCUUCGGUUACAUGAAUGAUAAAAUUAUUCGUUCGCAAUUUUAUAUUCUAUACAUGAAUCUUCGAUCCCGCCAGUCCGACGAGAUCUGUCUUUCAGAGGAUAAAGUCAGUCGUUCCGGCUGGAACGGUAGUUCCAGUGUUAAAUCCUAAUCUAAUUAUGUUACGUUGCUUAAGGGAAGGGUACCACGAGUGGCGUGCCACGCGGAGUCGACGAAUCUCGCGUGGGAUCACCGAUCGUGCGUCGAUCUGUACAUAGAAUGCGACCGAGACUAGUUUUAUCGAUAAAGGAAGCUACGGGACGCUCGACCGCGACUCCCUCGCCCGGAAUGUCGAUCGAGAACCGAUCGAGGAGAAAAAUCUCACGGGGGCCGCUCUUCAGAAGACGUCGAUUCCCCUUCGAAGAUCGAUUCGAGCGAUUCACGGGUACGUGCUCGAAAGUUGGACGAGCCUGUGACUCGAAUUAUUUAUCAAUCGCCGCUCCAGCGACGUUCUCUUCGACGUCGAUCGGUUCUGUGCUCGAAUGGCGGCCGUGGACACUGUAAAUAUCGCGUUCCCCGGUUCGACGAUGGUCGAGUGUUUUACGAUCGGUGCACGCGCGAAUUCGAACGGGAAUGAUCGGUGGGAAAUUCUUUAUUAGGGAAGAACGAAGAAGAAAAAUGGAAUAAAAAUUUAAAGAAAAGCGUGGGGACGCUACUUCUGUCCGAAAGCACUCGCACGCGAGAGCCCUUUAACCUGUUGACCAUGAAAGACGAGUUUGUUCAUCGUUCACCUGUAUUCUAUCGACUGUUCGACGUUGUCUUGUAUAGAUUCAUUGUUUAAUUGCAGUACGAUGGAUCAGAUCGCGUUUAACAUUGAAAGCAUCGAGCAACCGGAUCGAAUGCUUCAUAUUUUCGUAUGCAAAUUACAAGAGCGCGUUCGUCGAGAUCUCUAUUGACUCGUAUUUUAAUGAUUAUAAUAGUUUCCUCGAUAACCGAUGGAAAAGACAUUUAUAACUAAUCGUUUCGACUCAUCCAGUAGUUCCAACGUUAAGCAUAUCACGAGGACAGACGGUGCAGCUGCGAAUAUUUUUUCUUCGUGCUUGGUAGCGCUCGUAGUCGAGCAAUUGGCCGGUCAACAGGUUAAAAAAUCGAUGGCGACGGUGGACGGUCCGUCGAAAGCGGGAAACAGGAGUGACGUUCGAAUGAAAGAUUAAACGCGCGAAAGGAUGCGACGUGGCGCGAAUCCCGUGCAGAGCAUUGCGGAGAGAAAGGGCGAGAGAGCAUACGCACACACGCACACAAGUACACAUACUCACUCGUACACACACACAUACACGCGCGCGCGCACAGGAAAGUGUGGAAUAGAAGGGACGCGAGGGUACGCUGGUGUAUGUCCUCGAAUUUUCCGGGUUCACGGAAAUUCGUGUACCUUUAUAGGAUCCUCUGUAUCUACCCGUACCGUAGGAUAUCGAUUUAAGGGAAACGAGAGAAUAAAUGUCGUACGUUGUAUAUUUGCCCCCUUGCUCCUCUGUCAUUCGACCCACGAACCCUGAAACCCGAUGAAAUCUGUGCGAGGAUUUCCCAGGAAAAUCGUGUCACCGGAACGAUCUGCAGUAUCGAUCGACGAUAAUUCUCUUGAGCAACCAGACGUGUCCAGCGAUUGAUCAUGGCGACUUCUGCAUUAUCUACUGCGAUAAGAACGAUUCGUCUUCUGCGAAUGAUUAGAAAAAUGUUUUACAUAUCCAAGGCGUUCCGGUCGAGCAUUAUAGAUUUGAAAUUUCUUGGAAUAAUUGAAGAGCAUCGGAUAAUAUAGAAUCACGGCAGCGAUAAACUAUUGUUCCGACGACUGAUAAUAGUUCUUUCGAUGCACUUCUUUUCGUAACAGCGACGUGUAAGAAUUGCAAGACAGGACUUCAUAAUUAAAUAUUGUUUGCGUGCGCGAAAAGAAACGAUGCUCGCGAUUGUACGUUCUUCUAUAUUGGAACCAUUGAUUAUUGCCUUGUACAUCCGUACUAUUGAUCCCAUCGUGUCGCAUUUGUCGCGCGGAUCUAAUCUACUGAAAUUAAAUAACACUUGUAAAAGAGAAGUUGCUCUUGAAUAAUGAAAGCGAUAUGAAUAAAAAGCAACGACAGGCCUUGAAUCCGUCGCGCAGAUCUAAUCGAUUGAAAUUAAGUAAUACUCGUAAAAAAUAGGUUGUUUUUGAGCGAUGAAAAUGAUAUGAAUAAAAUUGAAUUCGUCACGCAGAUCUAAUCUACUAAAAUCAAAUAACACGUGUAAAAGAGAAAUUCGCUCUUGAAUAAUGAAAGUGAUAUGAAUAAAAAAUAACGAUAGGCGUUGAAUUCGUCGCGCAGAUCUAAUCGAUUGAAAUUAAAUAAUACUUGUAAAAAAUAGAUUGUUUUUGAAUAAUGAAAAUGGCAUGA